AUGAAAUCCCAAAAAAUUUUAAACCCCGCUUUCUUCUCCUAUAUUCGUAUCAAUCUGUUCUGUAACAUCUCCUCUCCUUCAUCUCCGCCCGUCACCCACCUCCACUACCUCCAAACCACACCGACUCUUCAAGCCUACACAACGCUCACCGUUCCACCUCUUCCCUACCCUACCGCAUCUACUAAGACUCCUCAGGUUUACAAGCCCAAGCUUGUAGCUAUUGGCAUAGAACUAGCUGCUGUUUGGGAAGCUAUCUGUCAAGCACAUGUAACAGGCCAAUGUGUCACAAUUCAAAUGCUUGGGAGACUUGCAGCAUUAAGAGAACUUGUUAAAACAAACUUAUCACAUUACUUAUUCACCGAGUUCCGUCCACAAGAAUUGAAGAAAAACAGUUUGAUGCAGCAUCAUAAUGAAGCUUCAAAUGAUUCAGACCUUGUAGAAAUGGAUGAUCAUUAUUCAGAUGAAUUUUUUGAUUUUGAUGAUGAAUCGGAAUGUGACUACAUAAUCACUCUUCCAGAAGAUCAAACUGUGGAAUGUACAUUGCUAAAAACUGUUGGUGCUGACUGGCUUAAAUGUGACAAGCAUGAAGAUCAUCUGGCUAUUUGCCCUGGGAGCAUUGUCCACAAAUAUGCAGCUGAUGGUAUCCCAGAAUUCUUCAUUGUUAUUAACUUUCAGGAGCAAAUGCAGAUGAUGUCUAUGGACCAAAUGGCAGGUGCAAACAUUCCAUCUUUGGCUGCUAUGGAGCAGACCCGAAUGCUAGCACACACUUUAGCUCAGAACACCAAUCCAAAGUUUCAGAACUGCAAGUUCCUUCAGUUUGUUUCAAAGAUGAGUCAUGGGGAAUUGACUAUUGAGGAUAACCAGGUCAGGCCUGCAGGUGGGGACUGGGCAAAUGAAUAUCAACAUCAAUAUAAUGCAGGCCCUUCCUCUACCUCUUGGGCAGAUCAGUAUGCAUGUGAAGAGGCAAGUAAAACUUUUACCCUCUUAUUCUUAUCAACAAGUAUCCAAUGA